AUGUUGGCAAUUGGAGACGUUAUCUUGAGAGCUUUCAACUUUGUCUUUUUGGCUGUUGCCUUGGGUUUGACCGGUUCUUUGGCAGCAACCACAGUUACCCACCACAACCCACAAGUGAACUUUUCCGUCUUUGCAGCAGCUUUCGGUUUGUUGACCUCGUCCUUUUACGGUGUCUUUGCCUUUUUCAUUGAAGCAUUUGCAUGGCCAGUCAUUUUGUUCAUUUUUGACUUUUUGAACUUUGUUUUCACUUUUGCUGGUGCCACUGCCAUUGCUGCUGCCAUCAGAGCCCACUCAUGUAACAACCAAGCAUACUUGGACCGCAACACCAUCAACCAAGGCUCAGAGGGAAGAUGCAGAAAGGCUCAAGCUUCCACUGCAUUCUUGUACUUUUCCGCUUUUAUCUUUAUCUUUUCCAUGGUUUUCAGUGCCGUCUCAUUGGCUAAGGGCGGCUUGUUUGGCGGCUCUUCAAGAAGAUCUGCUCCAAGAACCGGUGUCCCAUCAAUGUCGCAAGCUUAA